AUGGAUCCUGGUAUGAACGAUCUCCUCAAGUGGUCUGUCGACAAUUCGCAGGCCGUUACUAAUGAGCAAUCUUCAACUUCUAAUUCAAACGCUGCACGAUCUUUAAGUCAUCCUCUGAAUGAAAAGGCACUUAAUUCUCUUUUCGGCGGCCCCAGUGAUGCGGACUUGAUGAAAGAGUCACUUGCCGCCAUACUAUCGCUAGAGAUCACACUGGAGAAUAAGAUUAUUGCCUUCGACAACUUCGAGCAACUAAUUGAACAAAUCGACAAUGCAAACAACAUGGACAAUCUUGGUCUGUGGCCCCCAAUUGCCAGCUUGUUGGGGAGUAAGGAAGCAGAUUUAAGGCGUUACGCAUGCUGGUGCAUUGGCACAGCCGUUCAAAACAAUGUCAAGUGUCAGGAAAGGCUCGUUGCUGAGCAAGGUACAGUUGGAACAUUGGUCAAGCUUGCAAUAGAUGAUUCAGCAGAAAGUGUGAGGAGGAAAGCCAUAUAUGCAUUGUCAAGUGGAGUCCGAAAUUACCAGCCAGCAUUGGAUGAGGCUGUCCAGCGGCUACCGAAGAAUAUCGUGCCAGAAGGAGGAACUGAUGCUUCAAACAUGGAUGCUGUGGAUCAAAUAAUGCAGAAGCUGAGGGAAGACUCAGCCCGCAAAGCUGCAGCAUGA